AUGUCUCGAAAACCUUCUCUCGAAUCGACAAAUUCUUCGGUCGACCAAGUUGUCCCUUCUGACAAUUGCACCGGUGCAAAUAUUACAAACUUCACAAUUCCACUGUUAAAACUUCCAUUUCCCCCCAAAAUCAAAGCGUCUGACAUAACAAGUAAGCGAAAAAUCUCAGAGAUAAGCUUGAGGCCUCCAAAUGCGUUCAUAAUAUACCGCAAAGAAUUUUUAAAUCACCUCUCCACUUCGAAACAUGGGAACCUUAAAAUGACGGAAGCCUCGAAAUUGGUGAGCAUACAUUGGAACAACGAACCUGACAACGUAAAGGAGGCUUACAAACAAAUUUCUAAGCAAGUCGAGAAUGAACUCAACGAGAAAAAGCGACUGAACGAAAAAUUACUGGAGAAUAGGGUCGUGUGGAAGAAUUCCAAACGAUCGAAGAAAAAUAAACAAAUGAAUGGAUAUGGAAUGUCAUCGGGAGUGAAAAAACGAUCGCGGGAGAACACGAAAGGCUGUGCUGUCAAUGUUGCAAGGCGUAACGUGGUUUAUGAAUUUGUACCGAUAACGCCAGAAGCAAUCAUAAAUACUUCGGUUAAAAGCACCAAAUGCGAAAGAAACAAUAAGACACAAUCUUCUAUCACGUGCUCUAACGAAUUCGCAACCCCAAUUGCCAAUAAUCCCGCAAGCUGCACUUUUGACGCCAUCAACACAUCACAGAUAAUAACGCCAGAAACAUCUGAUGGACUUUUGGUCUGUGAGAAUUUUCAAGUAUUCCAUGAAUUUGUUCAACAACCACUUGAUCCUCUCUACUUUCAAAAUUUUUAUUAUCGACAAGAUGAUAGCUCUGAUUUUGAGGGCGAAAAUGUAGAUUUGACAUAUUAUCUUAACUUAUAA